GUUUGAAAGGUUCUAGGAAAUGGAAUAAUAUUAUAUUUUUCUUUAAUUGUCACGUGAGGUACAGUGUGAGAGAUGGCUGACCUAGACCAGAAGAUGGUAGAUGUGAGGGAGGUGUUCACGCUGCUGGAGGCACAGGAGACAAGCGUUACAGAAGAGAUCACAACGCUUAUACAUGAAAACCUCAACUCAAAGAAGGAGUCAUGGCUGGUUCACAGUUUGGUGGACUACUUCUACAUGACCCAGUCUACUAGCGUGGCUGACAUCCUGUGUAAGGUGCAGGACCCUCAUGACAAGCACCUGCUGGAGAAACUCUGUGAUGGAAUCAAGUCCCAGGACCAUCAGUUACCAGCCCUACAGUUACUGUUGUAUGCUGUGUGUAAACAGCCCCACUGGCUGAUCAAGAUAGUCAACAUGUCGGUCCUUAAGGUCAUCAUAAAGUCUAUGAAGGUGGAAACCAACAUUCCAGUUUUGAUGACAGCAGUAACCGUAGUUACCAUACUGCUGCCUUCCAUCCCAACCCUGGUGGGGCCAUAUCUCCCAGACUUGUUUGAAGUCUUCAACAGGCUGGCUUCCUUUACUGUCAAGAAACCACCGGGGAAUACUCCAGACAUAUUCUACCUGCAUCUGCAGAUAGCCGUGUACGCCUUGUUUCACCGACUAUAUGGUAUGUUUCCGUACAACUUCCUCACGUACCUGAGACACUACUACUCCAAGAAAGACAACACCCUUGUCUUCGAUGAGGCAAUAAAGUGUAUGUUAGAGCGUGUGAGACUACACCCUGCCCUGAUCAUUGGCACCAAAGAACAAGAAACAUCCACACAGAGGUGGAAGCAUAUGGAGACCCAUGAUAUUGUAGUUGAGUGUAACAAGAUGUCCUUGGACCCAAUUGAAGGCACAUGGGAGGAGUUACAGUGUCCAAUCAUAAAGCCAAGUCAUAUGAUUGACAGGCUCUCAGCAAAUCGGAUGCGUCUGCCAAGGGCCUCAGCACCAGUUUCCUUGUCCCUGAUAACAGUCCCAGAAGGCAGCCCCCUAGUACAGUCCCAGGAUAUGUUUUGGAGCCCAUCGGAGGUUAUUGGGCUCUCCACACCUCCUCAUUCUCUACCAAACACGCCCGCCAUGCAUGUAUUUGAAGCUUCAGGUGGUGGCGCAAUAUCUGGGUCACAUACCCCAUAUGGUGGCAUUGUGACUGGAGCACAAAUUGGUGCCAAUCUGUCGAUAAAUGUUGGAACUACCCCCAUGAACACACCUCGGGAAACUCCGCCCAUCAGUGAAGAGGCAGACAGGAGUAGAGCAAACAGCAGAGGCCCAUCAAGACCAGAUCCCAAACGCCUAAGCUGUGAGUUUCCGACCAAUCAGCAAGUGCCCCUUUUGACCCCACUUAGUAACAUUCCUAGUGUACCCCCAUCCCCUUUGAGGGCGGAGUUUACCAAUACCCCACCCAUUGGGGUCAAGCCCCUCCCGAUUUUACAAGCUGCUAGGGAACUUCAGUUUGAUAGUGACUUGACUUAUGAGCAUUCUAAGAAACACUUGAGUCAGGUUGAGACUUUAAAAUCUAUGAGUGAUGGGAAAGAUAAUGUUGGCAUUAGACAGGGCCAAGGGGCGAGUGGUUUUAGCACUGGUGAAAACUCGAAAACACCUUCUAGGAGCAGUUCAGCAACAUUUUUCGAAGAUAGUCUGAAAAUAACUGCAGAUUUGAACGCAAGCUUUGAGAAAUCCAGUACCCAUGGUGUACAAGAUGCUAUUAAUAGCUCACAGGAAGUGAAGGAAGGUGGGAUGUCCAAUGCUUCAUCUGGUGGUCAGAUGGAUACAGUCUGUAUUGACAACAUUUCCCAAGUCAUAGAAAGCCUGGAAUCUAACGAUGAAGAUGACGAUGAUGAGGUUUCUGAGCUGACCUCUGUUGUGCCAGGAAACCAAACUGUUACCGCCGAGUCCGUGAAGAAGUUUAUGAAAAGCGUGAACAGAAUUAGGUUCAACAGCCUCACGGCCACCAAUAACAUUGAACUCAACAAGUCUAACAAGCCGUUUGGUGCUCAGAAGAGAUCGCGUUCAUGCCCUCAAUUCCCCAAAAUAGCAUCCUUGAAUGAAGAUGAUGAUGAUGAGGAGGAGGAUGAUGAACUCUCUAGGUCAGCUUCUACUACAUGCAAAGGUCCUUUAAGUUCCAGUUUAGUGACAUCUGACCAACAAGAUGGUAUGGUGUCUAGUAAGCCAGUGACAUCAUUUGUGUCAAUGUCACAGCCAGCUAGUCUACAGGGCAUAUCUGUUUCAAAUACUGGUAGCACUGUGACUGUCCAUACCAGACAGGAGACACAGGUCACUGUCACAACCACCCAGCAAAGUCAGGUGACUGUUACCCCAUGUCACAUGUCAGCACGGGUGGGUGGGGUAAGUCAUCAGUCAACAGCAGACCAGGGGGUGUAUGGGAUGUUGAAGCAGCUUCUCAAUCUACCAGCUGCAAAUGUGUGCACCAAAUGUGGGGGAAAAGUGCAGGACAAUCAGUCAGAAACAGCUCCUGCCUUUUUUACGACCUAUUCCCCGCCUGAGCUACUGGACCGACACAUUGAACUGGGUCGGGACAUUCACGCCAAAGAGCUGAGUAAAAUCCCAAUGCCCUCGACUACAGAUACCAACUGGACACACUUUGGGGGGGUCCCUCCAGCUGAUGAAAUCAGUAUUCUAAGAGGCCAGUUGACGUUGCUCCACAACCAGGUGAUGUAUGAACGUCACAAGCGUGACCAGCAUGCCAAGAGGAACAGGCGACUACUGAGGAAAAUUGCCCAUACAAACAUGUUGGAGGAACAGAAUGCUGCCAUGACUGACCAGUUACAGCAGAAGGACCACCAGCUCAAGGACCAGGAGCUGAACAUUAAGCUUUUGGAGACUGAGAAUGGUCAGCUCAAGGCUGAACGGGAUUCCGAAACAUUUGAGAAACAUCUACAACUUAACUCUUGCCUACGAGAAAAUGAAGAGUUGAAGAAUGCCAAGAAGGAGUUUAACACUUUGCUGGUUAGACAGAGGGAAGAGCAAGACAAACUUGAACAGAGACUGAUGGAGAAGGAGUCACAUCUGUUCAACACGACCAAGGAACUGGAAAAGAUGGCUGAAGUUACACAGGCCAACGCUAAACUUAAGGAACAGGUCCUACAGCUGCAGAAGGAGCUGGUUUUGAUGGGAGAGUUACAACACAAGAGUAGCGAGAAACUCCUAGCCUACAAGGCCAGCAAGGCCUCACAUUUGGAGCAUAAACACAUACAGGCUGGCCUACAGCAGGAAAUACACACCCUAAAGAAGGAUUUAAGCGUUAAGUCAACCCAGUUGGAAGGUUGUCAGGCCCAGUUGAGAGAUCAAAUGGAGUCCCUAACAUCUAAGGAAGAGGCCAUGUCUCAGAUGAAACUGCUUGUGGAUAAAGUAAAGGCCAGACAUAGUGAAGAACUUCAGAGUGUAGAGGAGAAACAUCAAGCUUCCCUGCGUGUAAACCAAGCGCUUGAAAGCCACAUUCUGCAACUUUACUCUGACCUUGAACUCUCAAAGGCACAACUGGACAAAGGAUCACCAAGUAGACAAACCUCUAUCACCCCUGGCUUUGAACCACCCCUCAGUCCAGUACAGGAUGAUGAACAGUUCCGAGAAAGGACCAACUCUGACCCUCUCCGACAACAGCCCAGCUUUCCCACAAAACAGCUCACCAGAAUGGCUAGUCUACCGGUUUCUGGGGAAAUUUCCAUCUCUGGUGUACAGAAAAAUACUGGCCUUGAUUAUUCACAUAGCCAAGGUCAAAGGUCAGCAAGUGAUAAACAUGGAAAAUUUCCAUUAUCUAUGACUGAAGAAGAGGAUUUUGAGAUAAUUUCUGGUGCUGCUGCUAGGCAACAAAAGACCCCUGACCUUGACAUUGGGUCAGUGUCAUCAAGGGAAGCUAGUCUGUUGCCAGGGCAACGGAAUUAUACUUCAGAGAGUGUGGAACAGUAAAAGUAAAAUAUUAUUGUCUUGCAAUAACAAUUCCUGGACGUAUGGUCAUCAAACUUCACAUGAAGGUUGGGCCUGACCAGUAGAUGACCCCUAUUGAUUUUGGGGGUCAUCGGGUCAAAGGUCAAGGUCACAGUGACCUUUAAUGGUAAUAUAAUUUUAAAGCUUGUCCGAGUGAUAACUCAACAAUGCCUGCACCCAUGGCCCUCAAACUUGACAUGGAGGUUGGGCCUGACCAGUAGAUGACCCCUAUUGUUUUUGGGGGUCAUGGCCAAAGGUCAAGGUCACAGUGACCUUGAAUGGUAAAAGGUUGUCCGAGUGAUAACGUGACAAUGCCUACACCCAUGUCCCUCAAACUUGACUUGGAGGUUGGGCCUGACCAGUAGCUGACCCCUAUUGUUUUUUGGGCUCAAUGGGUCAAAGGUCAAGGUCACAGUGACCUUGAAUGGUAAAAGGUUGUUCGAGUGAUAACUCAACAAUGCCUGCACCCAUGGCCCUCAAACUUGACUUGGAGGUUGGGCCUGACCAGUAGAUGACCCCUAUCGUUUUGGGGGGUCAUUGGGCCAAAGGUCAAGGUCACAGUGACCUUGAAUGGUAAAAGGUUGUCCGAUUGAUAACUCAACAAUGCCUGCACCCAUGGCCCUCAAACUUGACUUGGAGAAUUGGCCUGACCAGGAGAUGACCCCUAUGGUUUUUUGGGGUCAUCUGGCCAAAGGUCAAGGUCACAGUGACCUGGAAUGGUAAAAGAUUGUCCGAGUGAUAACUCGACAAUGCCUGCACCCAUGGCCCUCAAACUUGACUUGGAGGUUGGGCCUGGUCAGAAGAUGGUCCCUAUUGAUUUAAGGGGUCAUUGGGCCAAAGGUCAAGGUCACAGUGACCUGGAAUGGUAAAAGGUUAUCCGAGUGAUAACUUGACAAUGGCUGCACCCAUGGCCCUCAAACUUGAUUUGGAGGUUGAACCUGGCCAGAAGAUUGUCCCUAUUAAUUUUAGGGGUCAUUGGGCCAAAGGUCAAGGUCACAGUGACCUUGUAUGAUAAAAGGUUGUCCAAGUGAUAACUCAACAAUGCCUGCACCCAUGGCCCUCAAACUUGACAUGGAGGUUGGGCCUGACCAGUAGAUGACCCCUAUUGAUUUUAGGGGUCAAAGGUCAAGGUCACAGUGACCUUGAAAGCAAACUCGACAAUUCUUGGACCUAUGGUCAUCAAACUUGACAUGAAGGUUGGGCCUGCCAAGUAGAUGACCCCUAUUGACUUUGGGGGUCAUCAGGCCAAGGUCAAUGUCACAGUAACCUUUAAUGCAAAAAAGUUAACAAAUCUUCCCCCAAUGAUAUCUCGACAAUGCCUGAACCUAUGAUCAUUAAACUUGACAUGGAUGUUAAGCCUGACCAGUAGAUCACCCUUAUUGAUUUUAGGAUUCAUAGAGCCAAAGGUCAAGGUCACAGUGAUCUUGAAUGGUAAAAGAUUGUCCGAGUGAUAACUCAACAACGCCUGAACCCAUGGCCUUCAAACUUGACUUGGAGUUGCCUCUGACUUGUAGAUGACCCCUUAUGAUUUAAGGGGUCAUCGGGUCAAAGGUCAAGGUCACAGUGACCUUGAACGAAAAAAACUUGUCUUUUGAUAACUUGACAAUGCCUGCACCCAUGGCCCUCAAACUUGACAUUUAGGUUUCUGGUGACCAGCUAAUGACUCUGGAUUUUGAGUUCAUAGAGUAUAAGGUCAUGACGGUCAUAACACACUUUAUCCUCACACUUUAAUGGUCAUAAUCUUAAAACAGCAACAAAUCAGCUGUCAUUUCGGUCCAUGCAUAUUUCAUUUAAUUGUCCAUAUAAUCCUGACAACAUGGCGCUCAGGGGGGGCAUAAUGUUUGACAAACAUCUCUUGUUUAAAUUGACUUUCAUGUGCUAAAUAAUGGAAUUAAAUACUUACCUGUUUGUUUUAGUAAAUAUUUAUAUACAAUCAUUAUUAUAAAUGUUAUCUGUAAUAUGAUUCAUACAAUUACAAUUGCAUGCGUUGAAUCAAAUUACCUUUUAUCUGCAGUAUUGUGAGUGUAAUUGAUAAUUUUCUUAUUGUUACAUUUUUCCGUCUGACAGCCAUUUUUGUAUCAUUGUCAUUGGCUUUUUGAUUUUUUUCCUUCAAUUAAGCGUUUAUUUUAAUCGGUAUGAAAUGUUAAUAUGUGAUAAAUAUCAGUAAUUAUGGAGUGAAUAUUUUAUCAAUUAAAACUAAUGUAUUUAUAAACAUUUAAUAGAAAUGAAAUUUUGUUACAACUCUAAAUGAGCAUGGUUUUACCAUUUAUACAUUACUUGGAUCUGUUUAGGGUUGUAAAUAUUUAUUUAUUAUUUGUUACAUUAAAGACAAUUAUUUAUGUUUAUACACUUGAUUUCUUGAAUAAUUUGUGUUAUAAAGUAUGAAUUUCUUUAUGAUUUGCAAUACUUAAAACUAUUUAUUACACACUUUCUAUAUUAUGUUAUUUUUAUUUGUUAUUUGAAGAAUAAGGAGUGCUACAUACUCAUCCUAGUGUUGGCGUGGGCGUGGGCGCCGCAUUUUGGUUAUGGUUUUGCAUGUAAGCACCUUUAAGUCAUUAUCUCAGCAAAUACAUAAUGUAUUGCUUUGAAAAUUUAGAUUUAGAUAUGUGUUCCCAACUAUCCAAUCUUUUUAAUUCAUGAAGUUAGAAUACACUUUUUUGAAUAUAAUGCAAAGUAUGGGCCUUUAUUAUUUGACAUAGAAUUAUGUUCAAGGUUUUGCAUGUAACCAUAUUUUAGUCAAUAUCUCAGCAAAUACAUCAUGUAUACAUAGGUUAAUAUCUCGGUAACUACUUGAUGUUUGGAUUGAGACUUUUUACAACAGUAUUCAAUCAUCCUUGCUUCUAAAAUAACCAGGUUAGAUAACUAUAUUGCUUUAUCUGCAAAUUAUGAACUUUUAUUAUUCGACUUAGAAAAUCUGUUUAAGGUUUUGCAUGUAACCACAUUUAAGUCAAAAGCUCAGCAGAUACAUCAGGUAUUGCAUUGAAACUUUAUACAAGGGCUCCUGACCAUCAAACCUUCUUAAUUAAUCAAGUAAGAUAGCUGUAUUUUGUCAAACAUGCUAAUUACGUCCCUUUAUUAUUUGACUUAGAAAUUCUGGUGAAGGUUUUGCAUGUAACCACAUUUGCAUUGAAACCUUAGAUAUGUGUUUCCAACCAUCCAGCCCUCUUAAUUAAUAAAGUGAGAUAACUUUUUCUCCCACCUCGUUUCAGCAGAACACCCUGCGCUUGGGUUGGGAUGAACCUAUCUCACACUCUCGGCCAUGGAAGAUACUUAUAAUCUUGCAUUUAAAAUAAUUUUUGCCCCUUUAUUAUAUGAGGUUUUGCAUGUAAGCACAUGUAGGUCAAUAAUUCAGCAAGUUCUUGAUGUACGGCAUUGAAACUGUAAACAAUCUAGUAUAAUUACCCUACCUUGCACAUAAUGCAUUUUUCACUUCUCAACUCUUGUUAAGUUUUUAUCCCCCGCCGAAUCGAAGAUUUCGGGAGGGCGAUAUUGUUUUGGUGUUGUCCGUCCGUCAUUCCGUCCUUCCGUAUGUCCGUCCUUCCUGCCGUCCGUCCGUCCGUCCGUCAAUCCGGUACCAUAUCUUGGUAGGCAUUGAUCAGAAAAUGUUCAAACUUGGUCAGAAUGUUCCUCUUGAUCAAAUCUCAGCCACUUUUAAAAGUGGGUCAUUUGGGGUCAAAAACAAGGUCACUAGGUCAAAUCUUAGAAAAAUCUUUGGAACAUACUAGAGGCAAUAUACAUGGUCAAAUACUCAUAAAACUUAAUCAGAAUGUUUUCCUUGAUGAACUCAUGGUCGUAAAUAAAACUGGGUCACAUAUGAUCGAAAAUUAGGUCACUAGGUCAAAUCUUGUCCAGAACCAUAUCAUGGUAAUGAUUGGUCAAGUUAUUUUCAAAAUUGGUCAUGAUGUACCCCUUGAUGAAAUAUAGACCAUUUAAAAAAGUUGGUCAUAUGGGGUCAAAAACUAGGUCAGUAGGUCAAAUCUUAGAAAAAACUUUGGAACAUACUAUAGGCAUUAUACAUGUACAUGGUCAAAUAUUCAUAAAACUUAAUCAGAAUGUUUUCCUUGAUGAAAUCUUGGGUCUUAUUUGAAAUGGGUCACAUAUGAUCGAAAAUAAGCUCACAAGGUCAAAUCUUUCAAAAAUCUUCUCAGAAACUAUUUCAUGGUGGUGAUUGGUCUGAUUAAGUUCAAACAUGGUCAGAAUGUUCUUAUGGGUUAAAUUUCGAAUGCGUUUUAAAAGUGUAUCAUAUAGGUCAAAAACUAGUUCAUAUCUUACAGAAAUCUUGGGAACACUCUAGAGGCAAUACAUCUGGUCUAAUUUCCAUGAAACUUAAUCAGAAUGCCUCAAUGAAAUCUUGGAAUAGUUUUAUUCUAGUAGGUCAUGUGGGGUGAAAAAUGAUGUCACUGGGUCAAAUCUUAAAAAAAAACCUUGUAGACACUCUAGAGGCUAUAUUUUUUGCAAUAUAACUGGAACCUUCUUCAUGAAACUUGAUCAGAAUGUUUGCCUUGAUGAAAUCUUAGAUUAGUUUGGAACUGGGUAACAUGGAGUCAUAAACUAGGUUUCUUGGUCAAUUCUAAAUGUUACAUUAUAUACAAUAUUUUUUUAUUUCAAACAGUUGCAAUCAAACUCAAACUCAUAUUUAUAUUUCAUCAACAAUUGAUUUCCAUUCCUUGACUUAGCCCAAUCAGGCGGGGGAUAUCAAUUCAAUGAAUUUGCUUGUUGCAUCUUGUAUAGUCUUACUUUGAUCCAUCCAUGUUUCACCAAACUGUGCAAUCCUCGAACUUAAAAGCAUCAUAAUAUUCGUAAUAGUCGAGCAUGCUGUCCCAGUGACAGCUCUUGUUAGUGUAACCUUUAUUUGAUUGAUUGCGUAUGCUUUUGCAUUUUAUGUUAAAUGAAAUGAUUGAUCAUGGGUUGUUUUGACCUAACUCAAUCAAUUAAAUUGGAAAUAAACACUAAAUGAAUUUUUUUCUAUGCAUCUUGGAUCAUUAUUUACAUUUGAAUAUUUGAGGGUUAGGAUUUCUAGUGUGAGGCCACAUUUUUUUGGUUUGUUAAGUUUUUAUUUUAUUUAUGUUUCCUACUUGAAUAGUGGGAAUAAAAAUCAUUUCAACAGUAAUAAAAUACUGUAUAAAUGGAAAAUAGGUAAUUCAAUAGAUUUUUUAAAAGUAAUUUUAGGAAAUUUUGGUGAAUGAAUUGUCUUUUAAAGUAAUUUUCGGAAUAUUUGGUGCAUGAUUUGUCUAACAUUUAUAUAAUCUGUUAAAUUGUACAAGUUAUUGUGUACUGUUAUGGAGGUUAAAGUAUUGAAAAAGUAUUAUAUUAUUAAUCAGAAUAAAUAUAUAUGUCGGUCAAUCUAAAACUAUGUGGACUUAGUACAUAAAACCUUUAGUUUAGAUAAUGUUUAUAUAUACAUCUUACAGAAAUCGUCUGAACCUCUUUCUUUGAAAGUGCAAAAAUGAAUUUAUACAUUUUACACAGAAAGAGGGUAGGUAGACCAAAAUGACACAACCUUAAGAUGUCACUUGACAUUGUCAUUAUAAGAGCAGUCAGCUUUAUUGUCUUAUAAAAUAAAUAAAAAUACAAGUUUUACAACAUUUUUGACCACAGUUUAACAAAUGUUUAAGCCAUAUCAUCAUAACAGCAUUUUGCUUUUUCAUACAAUUCCAUUAUUUUUUAUUUUUAUCUGCAUGUUUGCAUAUUACACAUAGUGAGUUGUGAGGAUGAUGUAAUUUCAUGUUUUUCUAUUGCGUGUAAGGGUGCUUGGUAGAUGCUAUAGAAACAUCAGAACUGUUCAAUGGUAACCAAAUAAUUUAACAUUUAACAAAUUGAUUAGUGGUAUACCUCCGUAUACAUCUGCCAUCUGCGUGCAAUUUGAGAACAAAUUUUAGAUCCAAAUCUGGACAAAAAUAUGAGUUUUACAUACAUGAAACUCCUGCUACAUUUACUUUAUAAUGUUAUUUAUUUCUAUGGCUCCCUGCAUGAAUUUAAGCCUGAUUUUUAAAAUCCUGUUUUUCAGAAUUGAUUUAAUUUAUACUGCUUAUACAUAUUGGUAUAUAGUGACAAAGUGUUGUAUUAUUAUUGUUUCCUUAAUAGGCAUGUUUAUGUGUUAAGUAAAGUGUGUUUAAUCUGUGUAUAUACUGUCCACUGUCUAAGCAGUUUACUUCUUAAACAAUCAUUAAAAUACCAUAUAUUUGAUGUGUUUUGAUUGAAAUCCUUGCAAGAAUACCUUGGCUGAUAACCGCGUGGAAUAUUAUGGGAAAAUAAGUCCGUUUAAAGGGACUCACACCUGGUUAAUACAAUGCAUUUUUUUUACAGAUAUGUUUUAUUAAUAUGAAAUAAAGUGUCAAAUCAUCAGGAGUUUUAAAACUACGAUACUGACAGCUGGAACCCUUAACAAAUGUUGAUAAAUGCUCAAAUAUUGUCUUUGAAGUCCACCAUUUCCAAAACAGUUGAUAAGGCAAUUCAGCAAAAGGCUGUAGCAUGAAUGGUUGAUUGCAAUUAACAUGUGAUGUUUUCAAGGUAUUCAAGGUAUUUAAUAAAUGUUAAAAUAUAAAUGGUAUGUUUGUCUCGGUGUUGCCAAUUGGCUUAAAUGUUGGUUUUCUUAUUUUUUUUCUUGACUGUACUACCAUGGAUUUGCUUCCACUAAAACCAGAUUUUCAUUUUAUUCUUUAAUUGUAUUUAUUUCUGCAAUUUCUGAAUAAAAGAGUAAACUUAUUACAGUCAUGUGUUUUCAAAUGCAUUUCCGGGGAAAUUAUUUUUUGGUGCCAAAACAUGAGCGAGUCCCUUUAAGUUACUUAAAAAAAGACAACAUAUGAUUUUAUCCACCCUUGCAUUGGAAUAAAUAGUUGAAAUAUA